AUGAUUCCCUCAGUCGCCGGCACAAAUGGUCAGAUUCAACAUACCAUUAACCAGUCUAAUGCAAAGGGUUCACCCUUCACAGCUGCCUUUCCUGAUAUGUCUCAAGAUUCUCUCAAAGCACCCGUAGCGCAAGAUACAGACUCCGACCGGGAGCCAGACUGUGGGCUGCAGGCAUCGAAUGCUGAAUUUCGCGAACAAAAGGCCGAAGAGUCGAUAGAAAAGACCAAGGAACAGAGGGGCUGGAGAAAGGUUAUCAGAAACUUCACUCCAUCAUGGUUCUCGGUCAUAAUGGGCACCGGCAUUGUAUCGAUACUACUCCACAAUCUUCCCUAUAACGGAUCAUGGCUCUACUGGAUAUCUGUCAUCAUUUUCGCCUUAAACGUGUUCCUCUUCAGCGUUUUCCUCCUCAUAUCAAUCCUGCGUUACACUAUAUAUCCGGAAAUCUGGUUCGCAAUGGUUCGCCAUCCAGCACAAUCACUCUUUCUUGGCACCUUUCCAAUGGGUCUUGCGACUAUCAUCAAUAUGAUUGUCUUCGUUUGCGUCCCCGCAUGGGGAACCUGGGCGAUCUACCUCGCUUGGGCAUUGUGGUGGGUGGACGCUGUGAUAGCCGUCUUCACCUGUUUCUAUCUCCCAUUCGUGAUUAUGUACUUCCACAAAACCGAGCUUUCUACAAUGACAGCGGCUUGGCUGUUACCGAUUGUCGCAACAAUCGUCGCGGCAGCUUCCGGAGGUGUUGUCGCUGAAGUCUUGCCUAACCCUAAUCACGCCCUGUGGACCGUUAUAGUAUCUUACAUCCUCUGGGGCACCGGUAUCCCUCUCGCCAUGGUCGUCUUAGUAAUCUAUUUCCAACGCCUCACCGUACACAAGCUACCUGCACGCGAGGUCAUCGUUUCCGUAUUUCUGCCGCUGGGUCCGCUGGGCCAAGGCGGCUUUGGCAUUAUGCAGUUGGGGAAAGUGGCUCUUCGCGUCUUUCCAGAGACCCACACACUUGACAUGGCUGCCGGAAAUGCCGGAGAAAUUUUGUAUGUUGUGGGCUGGUUGAUAGCGCUCAUCAUGUGGGGCUUUGCCAUCGUCUGGCUUUUCUUUGCGCUCGCCAGCAUCAGCCGCAGCAAGUUUCCGUUCAAUAUGGGCUGGUGGGGCUUUACUUUCCCGCUUGGUGUAUUCACCGUUUCAACGACGACACUAGGGAAAGAGAUACCGUCGAUGUUCUUCGAGGUGCUUGGUACAAUCUUCUCCAUCUUCGUGACGCUGCUCUGGAUCAUGGUCGCUUGUGAAACUGUGCGCAAGCUCGCUAUGGGAAAGCUUCUGUUCGCCCCAUGUCUGAAAGAUCUAGAAGGCAUCCAGCAGGCGCAAGCGAGAAAGCACUUCGGAGAAAAGGCUGUGUGA